GUGCGUCAAAGCCAAGAACUAACUUGUUUCCCAAAAUUAUGGCUGUCUGGCUUUCGUCGGGCCCCGAAAACAGUGUAUAGUUAAUCAAACAAUCGUGGAUACGGAUACGUCAGUUGAUAGUCAAUAUUGUUAAACAAUUUGUGGGAAAUGCUAUUCGUUUUUGAGUUCCGAGAAGUGUAAUUCGACUUUGAACGAAGUCAAAACAUUUUGGUGAUUGGCCAACAACCGUUUCACUUGAUAAACGUAGCCGUGGUGCACAUCCGGCCUAGCCUUGAAAAGGAAAUUCCUUCUCUGAAGCUUGUUUUGCCAAGAAAUACUUUAUCAUCUGUGAUUUUAUAAAACGUGUUAUUUUCGAGAUGGAGGCCAAUUCUAAACAUGACUUUAAUGCCACUGCUGAAGAUGAGCUUAGUUUUCGAAAAGGGCAAGUUCUCAAGAUUCUGAAUAUGGAAGAUGAUCUGAAUUGGUAUAGAGCAGAAUUGGAUGGAAAAGAAGGGUUGAUUCCUAGUAACUACAUUGAAAUGAAAAAUCAUGAUUGGUACUAUGGAAGAAUAACCAGAGCUGAUGCAGAGAAACUCUUGGGCAACAAACAUGAAGGCGCUUUUGUUGUUAGAGUCAGUGAGAGCUCACCGGGAGACUUUUCCCUGUCUGUUAAAUGUGGCGAUGGUGUCCAGCACUUCAAAGUACUUCGCGAUGCCCAAGGGAAGUUCUUUUUGUGGGUGGUAAAAUUCAACUCGCUCAACGAACUGGUCGACUACCAUCGCUCCACAUCUGUUUCUCGGUCUCAGGAUAUAAAGUUACGAGACAUGGUGCCUGAAGAGUUCUUGGUGCAGGCACUAUACGAUUUCACCCCGCAAGAACCAGGUGAAUUGGAAUUUAAGCGAGGCGACGUCAUAACUGUGACAGACCGUUCUGAUCAACAUUGGUGGACUGGAGAAAUUGGCGCCCGCCGCGGCCUCUUUCCUGCCACUUACGUUGCCCCGUAUCAUACUUAAAAGGCGAAGGCACUGUUCGUUCGUUUUCUUUUGCUCCUUUUCUUUUCUUCAUAAAUUUUUCUUCAUUUUUUUUUUCUUUUUGUAUUAAAGUGGUGCGUCCGUUCUUAAGACUCAAGUUAUUUUUGCCGACUUCGAACCUAAACACAUUACUAACUUUGAUAACAAAACAGUAAAAGUGAUGAACAGCUAGGAUUGACAGGAUUGCAUCUCAUUUCUCAUUGAAAGCAGUUUGUAAAAUUGCUUUCUUUUCAGUUUUUUUCCGUUUAUGUUGUUCUAACCUCGAUUUUCGACUGUAUUUCCCCUCAAGCACACAGCUUUCGGGAUUGCCAUUAGAUGUGGCUUUGGUCGAAUAGUCAUGUUGGAGCAAUUUGUGUGGUUUUGAUUGCGGAAAGAUAAGUUAACUUAUCCAUAACGUCGACAACAAUUACUGGGCUAUUAAGUUUGCCCGUCAUUUCUGUUGCUUCUUCUUAUCUUAUUGGCUCUUUUCCCUUUUUUGUCGACAUUUUAAAGUGAAUUUCGAUUUUCUACCUAUAUCGAUAACCUCUUCAUAACUCUCACUCUUAUGAACUAGCUUGAGACCAUGCUAUACUUGUACAUCGAACAGUAUCUUGAUUGAUGAAAAUAUAAUGUGCAAACCAA